AUGCAACUCAAUGGUGAUGAAAUUUUAGGUGGUAUUGAUGCCUUGGUGGAAGAUCGAAUAAGAGGGGAAUCGACUGAUACAACCCAAGGGGAGGAAGUGAGAACUUUUGAUCAAUUGUUGACCGAUGCCAAGCGUGAGUUGUUCCCAAAUUAUACUUUGUUGAAGUUUGUGAUUGAGGUGUUUAAUAUGAAGGUAACAAAUCAUUGGAGCAAUAAGUCAGUUGAUAUGAUGCUAGAGUUUUUAAGUAGACUUUUACCGAAAGAAAAUUUGGUUCCAAAGUCAACUUAUGAAGCUAAGAAAAUACUACGUGACUUGGGCUUGUCAUAUGAUCUCAUUCAUGCUUGCAUAAAUGAUUGUGUAUUAUUUUGGAAGGAGAAUGCAACACUAGAUAAAUGUCCGACUUGUAAGACAUCUAGAUACAAGAUUAAUUGUGGAAGGGGUAAGAAGAUCCCUCAUAAAGUAUUGCGAUACUUUCCUUUGACACCAAGGUUGAAAAGAUUAUACAUGUCAAGGAAGAGGGCUGAGAUGGAUCCAUUUUCUUUGAUGUCAUUACUUAUUCCUGGAGAAUCACAACUAGGGAUUGAUAUUGACGUCUACAUGCGACCAUUGGUGGAUGAGUUGAAUGAUUUAUGGACAAAUGGUCAUUAUUCUUGUUACACUUGCAAUGAUAAACCGUAUUUUGAAUCUCUGAGAAGUAAGACGGGGUACACUAACCAUCGAUGUUACUUGCCUGAGGACCGCCCAGAAAGGCGAAAGAGUAGGGCUUACAAUGGUAAGAUUGAGAAACGGAAGAGAUCUUUAGAGUUGCCAGUGGAAAAGAUACAAGACCAGUUGGACAACGUGAAAGGUGUCAUAUAUGGAAAGCAUCCAAGUAAUAGAAAAAGGCCCCGUCAAGCACCUAAUUGGACAAAGGUAAGCAUCUUGUAUGAGUUACCCUAUUGGAAGAAGCAAAAACUUCAACACAACAUUGAUGUCAUGCAUGUGGAGAAAAAUUUUAGUGAAAAUGUUUCCGGAAGCAUUGAUGGAAAGAACAAGGACACAGACAAGGCACGGUUAGACUUGGAAGAUAUGGGUAUAAGGAAAGAGCUAUGGCUAACACAACGACCUGAUGGAUCAUAUGUCAAGCCUCGAGCAAUCUUUUCAUUAACACCUGCAGACAGGGAGGGUUUCUUUGAAUUUUUAAAAACUGUCAAGUAUCCAGAUGGGUAUGCGGCAAACAUAUCCAAAUCAGUGAAUGCAAGAAAUGGUACACUAACAGGCAUAAAAAGCCACGAUUGCCAUGUACUGAUACAAAGAAUUCUUCCCAUUGGAAUACGUGGUUACGUGGAUAGGGAAAUUAGCACAACACUUGUUGAGUUAGGCAAUUUCUUCCAAGACCUAUGCUCUAGGACACUAAGGCGGAGCGAACUGGAGAAAUUAGAGAAACGUAUAAUACACAUUUUAUGCAAGCUUGAAAAGAUCUUUCCUCCAGCCUUCUUCGAUGUGAUGAUCCACUUGGCUGUUCAUUUGCCUCGUGAGGCUAUUCUUGGAGGACCCGUACAAUAUCGAUGGAUGUACCCAAUUGAAAGGGCAUGUGGGUAA